AAAACAUACAACACAGGGGCUUCCCCAGUCGUCACCGACCUGAGUACUAAUCCUGCGAUCAGUAGCUUGACGAUGGGAGAGCGGACGGGAUCCCGUAUUUUCUACUGUCUAUGGUCGUAUGUGAUUGUGCGUAGCAUAGGUUCUGCCUUUUAA